AUGCAUUCCAACUUGGUUGCCCUCUCUACCUUUGCCGCUCUGGCAGCUGGACAGCAGGUAGGGACUCAACAGACCGAGACGCACCCUACGAUGACAUGGAAGAAAUGCACGAGCGCGGGCCAAUGCGCUGCAGUCAACGGCGAAGUCGUGGUCGAUGCCAAUUGGCGCUGGCUGCAUAAAACCGGCAGCUCGACCAACUGCUAUACCGGGAACACAUGGGACAAGUCGAUUUGUCCGGAUUCUAAGACUUGCACAAGCAACUGUGCAGUUGAUGGUGCCAAUUACGAGUCUACGUACGGGAUUACGACGAACUCGGAUGCUUUGUCAAUCAGCUUUCUCACAAAGGGACAGUAUGCCACCAACAUUGGCGCUCGCCUCUACUUGAUGGCCAGUGAGACCAAGUACCAGAUGUUUACCCUGCUGGGUAAUGAGUUCACCUUUGACGUGGACGCGUCAAAGCUGGGCUGUGGUCUGAACGGUGCUCUCUAUUUCGUGUCCAUGGAUGAGGACGGUGGCAUGAGCAAGUACCCGGAUAACAAGGCCGGUGCCAAGUAUGGCACAGGCUACUGCGACUCGCAGUGCCCGCGUGAUCUCAAGUUCAUCAACGGCGUGGCCAAUUCGGAUAACUGGACGGCAUCGACUACUGACUCCAACUCGGGUGUUGGCGGCUACGGCUCGUGCUGCUCGGAGAUGGACAUCUGGGAGGCCAACUCCAUGUCGACAGCCUACACGGCGCACCCGUGCAAGACCGUCGGCCAGGUGCGCUGCGAGGGCGACAACUGUGGCGGCACAUACUCGUCCUCGCGGUAUGCCGGAACGUGCGAUCCGGACGGUUGUGAUUUCAACUCGUACCGCCAGGGCAACACCAAGUUCUAUGGGCCCGGCAUGACCGUAGACACGAAGUCGGUGGUGACAGUGGUGACGCAGUUCAUCAAAGACAGCAGCAACGGCCUGUCGGCGAUCCGGCGCUUCUACGUGCAGAACGGCAAGGUGAUUCCCAACUCGGUGUCGACCCUCAAGGGCGCGGGAGGCAACGAGAUCAACGCGAAAUUCUGCAAGGCCCAGAAGGCUGCCUUUGGCGACAAGGACAUAUUCAACGCAAAGGGCGGCAUGGCCCAGAUGGGCGCUGCAGUUGCAAAGCCCAUGGUUCUGGUCAUGUCUCUUUGGGACGAUCACUACUCCGACAUGCUUUGGCUCGAAUCGACCUACGCAGGAACCGCUCGUGGCUCAUGCAGCACCUCCUCUGGCGUGCCUGCCACCGUUGAGUCUGAGCAGGCCAGUGCCAAGGUCAUCUUCUCCAACAUCAAGUUUGGCCCCAUCAACUCGACCUUCACGUCCAGCUAA